AUGUCUGCUGGCAGGUCGCGCAGCGUGACUCAGGACAAUUCUGUUGAGGUGCUCGAAGACAAGUCUUCGAGGUACUCAAAACGGCGUGCUAAUCUCUACGAUGCGGUAGCUGGUCGUGUCAAUCCUCGCGGAAUCCAAGCAUCCCAGCCGGUUGUCUCUUAUCACCGCGAUACGGCUUCAUCAGGCGCUCGACCACUCCGGCCGGAGGAACUUCUCCUCCGCAAACAGAAUACUUCAGCAGGACCCGUUAGCGAACAGGUCGAGAAGACGUACUUUGCACACGAAAAUCUACCCGCUGAUCAAUCUCUGCCGAGCUCCGAGCUCCUCGAGACGAUUCAUGCUUAUGCGGCCGACUUUUACGAAUACGCUACAGCAGACAAUGGCCAAGAUGACCACAAAACCAUGGAUGAGACAGCCCUACUUGCAAUGGGAAUUCUGAUUGAGGAGAUGUCCAAAGACGCUCUGGGUGAGACGGGUGAUCUUGUCCUCGUCGAAGGGCAGGAGCUGUUGGAAGAACAGGAAGAACAGACCGGCGCUGAGAGCGACACUACAAACCAGUCUGCAGCACGAAUUGUGCGAAGGAAACGAGCCAGCAGUAAUACGAAAAACAGACCGAAGCGCCGCAAGUUAACUCGUUCGGCUUCUGCCACAACGGAUGUGGACACUGAGGUUGACGACCGACGAUGA